AUGUCCUUCUGGGCGGUUAGUCGCGGCUUAACGCCGCAAGGCAAAGUGGCGCCCAUGCUGAAUCCCAAUCAGCGACAAUUUCUGGAGGACGAGCUGCGCUAUCGAGAGAAGCUCAAGAUGCUGGCGGGCGGCAAUGCCAUCGAUGAUGUUUACGUGCGCAAGCCGGACACCGUGGAUGAUCCACUGGAGCUGGACAAGCACGACUCAUUCUACAAGACCACCAAAAGUCUGCUAGUCCUGUUCCAGAUCAUGGGCGUCAUGCCCAUACACCGUAAUCCGCCUGUGAGAAAUAUGCCGCGCACUGGCUACUCCUGGCGAUCCAAGCAGGUAAUGUGGGCCGUAUUCAUCUACAGCUGCCAAACGACAAUUGUGGUGCUGGUGCUGCGAGAGCGUGUCAAGAAGUUCAUCACCAGCCCGGACAAGCGCUUCGACGAGGCCAUCUACAACGUCAUCUUCAUCAGUCUGCUCUUCACGAACUUUCUGCUGCCCGUCGCUAGCUGGCGCCAUGGCCCUCAGGUGGCCAUCUUCAAGAACAUGUGGACGAACUAUCAGUACAAGUUCUUCAAGACGACGGGCUCACCUAUCGUAUUCCCGAAUCUCUAUCCGCUGACCUAUGCACUGUGCGUCUUCUCCUGGCUGCUCAGCAUCGCCAUAAAUCUGUCGCAGUAUUUUCUCCAGCCCGACUUUCGCUUAUGGUACACCUUCGCCUAUUAUCCAAUCAUCGCGAUGCUGAAUUGUUUUUGCAGCCUGUGGUAUAUCAAUUGCAAUGCCUUUGGCACGGCCAGCCACGCCCUAUCGGAUGCUCUGCAGGCCACCAUUAAGGGCGAGAAGCCAGCCCAGAAGCUAACGGAGUAUCGCCAUCUCUGGGUGGAUCUGAGCCACAUGAUGCAGCAGCUGGGACGCGCCUACUCGAACAUGUAUGGCAUGUACUGUCUGGUGAUCUUCUUCACCAGCAUCAUUGCCACCUACGGCAGCAUUAGUGAGAUCAUCGAUCAUGGCGCCACCUACAAGGAGGUGGGCCUCUUCGUCAUCGUCUUUUACUGCAUGUGCCUGCUGUACAUCAUCUGCAAUGAGGCGCACUAUGCCUCACACAAGGUGGGCAUGGAGUUCCAGACCAAAUUGCUCAACAUUAAUCUAACUGCCGUGGACACUCCACACAAAAGGAAGUGGACAUGUUGCUGGUUGCUAUCAACAAGAAUCCGCCCAUCAUGAAUCUCGAUGGCUAUGCCAACAUCAAUCGCGAAUUGAUCACCACGAACAUCUCCUUCAUGGCCACCUAUUUGGU